AUGAGCGACUCCAAUGCGCUAUACAAUCAACCAAUAGUACUAGACAAUGGCUCGGGUAUCAUUAAAGCUGGGUUUAGCGGUGAAGAACGACCUCAAUGCAUAGAAUACUCAUUAGUGGGAACUCCAAAAUAUAGCAAAGUUAUGGCAGGUGGGUUGUCAAGCGAUUCUCAAUUGGUAGGUAACGCAGCUCAAAGGGAGAGGGGACUGCUAAGACUGCGAUAUCCCUUGGAACACGGUAUCGUGCAAGAUUGGAAUAGUUUGGAAGAUCUAUGGACGUAUGUGCUGCAAGAUGCUUUGAAGCUGAAAAAUACCAAGGACCAUCCAAUUUUAGUUACGGAGGCUCCUCUCAACCCGUCUAGAAACCGGGAAAAAAUGUGUGAACUUCUAUUCGAUUUGUUCAACAUGCCAGCUGUAUAUGUGUCUAUCCAAGCAGUCUUGGCACUUUAUGCGGGAGGAAGAACUACAGGAUGUGUGCUUGAUUGUGGAGAUGGAGUUUGUCACAGUGUUCCGGUCUACGAUGGUUUUACUUUGCCAACUGCGGUUAGAAGAAUGGACGUAGCAGGACGCGAUGUCACUGAAUUCUUACAACUCUUAUUAAGAAAAUCAACUGGUGUUUCGCUCUUCUCUAGUUCAGAAAAGGAGAUUGUACGAAUCGUCAAGGAAAAAGCAUGUUAUGUGGCAACAGAUGUAGCAAGUGAGGAAAGCAAAUACGGGGGACUUGAUGGACUAAAAGCGCACACCAAGUUCAAGUUACCGGACGGUAAAAUCCUUUCUAUGGGUGCCGAAAAAUUCAGAGCUCCAGAAGUUUUAUUUCGACCACAGCUUAUAGGCUCUGAAGGUGACGGUGUUGCAGAACUGUGCAAUCAAAGUAUUUUGAAAGUGGAUUUAGAUUUGCGAUCUUCGUUAUAUUCAAAUGUGGUCCUCAGCGGAGGGUCGACUUUGUUCCCCGGUUUUGGAGAUCGACUGCUCAAUGAACUACGCAUCAAGUGCGGCUCCAGCAAUAAAAUCAAGAUUUUUGCCCCGCCAGAAAGAAAGCACAGCACCUGGAUUGGUGGGUCCAUUUUAGCGGGUCUAUCAACUUUUGAAAAGAUCUGGAUCACGAAAGCCGAAUGGCAAGAAAAUCCGCAAUGCGUGCAUUCGCAGUUCAUGUGA